UUCCGGAUUUUGAAGAAAUGUCUCUUCGUGUUCGAAAAGGCAGAAUUGAGAUCCUGGACCAGCGCGCGCUUCCGCUGGAAGAAAAAUGGCUUCCCGUCCAGAAUCUCGACGAGAUGUAUCACUAUAUUAAAGUCUUGGCAGUUCGCGGUGCGCCAAUGAUUGGUUGUGCCGCAGCUUUAUCCCUGGCUCAGUGGAGAUGUCAAAAUCCCUAUGCAGAUUUGGACACUGCCGUUGCCCGUAUGCGAACGGCCCGUCCCACGGCCGUUAACCUCAUGUAUUGUUGCGAUUAUAUCACUCAACAAUGCAAAGCUUCCAACAACUAUAGCGCAGCGCACAUUACUCAGCUAGCCUUUGAUUUGAUCAAGCGGGAGCAACAAAUGUGUCUUUCUAUGGCUCGUCAUGGCGCCUCCUUGGUUCUCGACGGAGAGAACAUCCUCACUCAUUGCAAUACAGGGUCACUGGCAACUAUUGGAAUGGGCACGGCAUUAGGCGUCAUACGCCAAGCCCAUCGAAUGGGGAAAAAAAUUCAUGUUUACGUGGACGAGACUCGGCCAUUACUCCAGGGAGGGCGCCUCACUUCUUAUGAACUCUCCAAAGAGAACAUACCUUACACUGUUAUCUGCGACAAUAUGGCUGCACAUUUGAUGAGUCAGGAGAAGAUCCAGAGAGUAUUCGUAGGAGCCGAUCGAAUCGCAAUGAACGGUGACUUCGCUAACAAAAUUGGUACCUAUUCGCUGGCCAUCGUUUCCAAAUACCAUCAGGUACCUUUUCACACAGUGUCCCCUGUUUCCACAAUCGACUUCGACUGUAAUUCCGGACGUGAUAUUUGCAUAGAAGAACGUGACAUGAACGAAGUGCUGGGAGCCUUUGGAACGAAGUGGACACCCCAUGGAGCCCUCGGCUAUAACCCAGCGUUUGAUGUAACACCCAUAGGGCUUGUAACAAGCAUGGUGCUGGACUCUGGCGUUUUCACGAGAGAAGAAAUUCAAGAAGGAAGGCUAUGGGAUUUGAAAAAACCCGCUCACGUAGAUGAGCGCACCAAAAUUUAAUUUCUUUUUAAAAAAAAAAAGGGUUCAGGCGGCACAGAUUUUUCUGGCAAAAUAAAAAAAAAAAGACAAGAGGGGACUGCC